GCAUAGUUAAUUUCCUUCCAUUCUCGUUCCUUUUUGUGACAUUUUUGCGAAACGUCCAUCGUGUUUCCUUGUGAAAAUUACUCAAAAAAUCGCAUUAGGGCAUGGUCGGUAAAGUUUUUCGCACGAAAAACCGUGAAAUAAAGUCUAUAAUCGUGGUUAAGUUUUUUUGUGCCAAGUGCAACUAAACAAUCAAGAUUCCGCCGAUAAUUCAAAGCCUACCCAGUGGGUGGCUUAACUUGGGAGCACCGGGUGAGUCCGGCGCGUGUGCAAGUGCCGGGCGAGACGGGCGAGAGAGCCGUCCGCAGUUACCGCGCCCGCGCCCCUCGCCGCGCUGCUGGCGGCGCGCGCUCAACGUAGACCCGCCCUGGCUGCGGCACGCGCCUACCCGCUGACGCCACACCACGCUUGACACCUGACACUUGUUGACUAGCGCUAGUGGACCCCCAGCACCGGGCCCGAACACCUGACACCGCCCCUCCCCCGGCCACUGAACAUCCAAGCAUAGCCGGCGCUUCGGCCUCGGCACAGCCGGGGCCUGCCGCCCAGGGGCACCGCCAACAGCCAGUGAAGUGACAAGUGUUUGCGAACUCUGAUCAACAUGAAGGUCCUGCAAGACGAACAGCGUAUCACCGUAAUGGAGGGGCCCUGGACGCCUGUGGACGUCAUCAAGCAGGUGGUUGACGAAGGCACCCAGGAGGACCCGUUCUACGUGAUGAACCUGGGGGAGGUGGUCAACAGAUACCAUCGUUGGAAGGAGCUGAUGCCGCGCGUUGAACCGUUCUAUGCGGUAAAAUGCAACGACGACAAGGUGCUGGUGUCGACGCUGGCUGCGCUCGGUGCUGGGUUCGAUUGUGCGUCCAAAGCUGAGAUACAACUCAUCACCUCUCUGGGGGUCAAGCCUGACCGCAUAAUAUUCGCGAAUCCAGCAAAGAUGGCGUCGCAUAUCCGCUACUCGGCGGCCGUGGGCGUGGACUUGAUGACCUUCGACUCCGAGAUCGAGCUGUUGAAGAUCAAGCAGCACAUGCCGCAUGCGCAGCUGGUGAUCCGCAUCCGCUGCGACGCGGCGGUGGCGCAGUGCCCGCUCGGCAUCAAGUUCGGCUGCGACCCGGUCUCGGAGGCGCCGCGCCUGCUCAAGCUCGCUGCGGUCUUGGGGUUAGAGGUGGUGGGCGUGUCGUUCCACGUGGGCUCCGGCGCAGCGGAAACGGAAGUGUACGCUCGCGGGAUACAGUGGGCGCGGGCGCUGUUUACGUCGGCGGCGCGAGCCGGCCACCGCAUGCGCCUGCUCGACCUCGGUGGGGGCUUCGCUGGCGGCUCGCACUCCUGCCUCGCUCAUGUGGCGCAGGUGAUCAACAACGCUCUGGAAACCCAUUUCCCGGAGCGUUCGGUGCAGGUGAUCGCUGAACCAGGCCGCUACUUCGCUGCCGCCGCCUACACGCUCGCCACUAUGGUGCACGCUAAGCGAGAGGUGGCGUCGAAGGACGGCGCGGACCAGGACGAGACGCACACGAUGUACUUCGUGAACGACGGCGUGUACGGCUCGUUCAACUGCGUACUGUACGACCACCAGCAGGUCGUCGCCGAGCCGCUUGUUCCGAGCACGGCGGCGCCGCGGCCGUGCUCGGUGUGGGGCCCGAGCUGCGACGGGCUGGACUGCGUGCUGCCGAGCUCGCUGCUGCCGCCGCUGGCGCCCGGCGCCUGGCUGCUGUGGCGCGACAUGGGCGCCUACACGCUGCCCGUCGCCUCGCCCUUCAACGGCUUCCCCGUGCCCCGCGUCCUCACCGUCAUCGACGCCGCGCUCUGGGCCGUACUGAAGGAUCUGUGGCCGAUUUCAGAGGCGCAUUUCGUGCACGGCGGCCCCAUUGUCGUGCCGCAGACGCCGCCCCUGUCCCCGCCGUCCCCGGCUGCCUGCCCCUCCCCCUCGCCCUCGCCCUCCCCCUCCCCCGGCCACUCGCAGCCCUCCCCGUCGUCCUCUCCCCCGCAUUCGCCGGCGCUCGCUCCCCUCGACGACUCGCACUCUCGCCUCGUAUUCGUGGAAUGCGCUCUCAAGUGACCGCUCUUUGACUCCGACGACCAACGCGCGCGGUGAUGCUCGGAAAUGAGACUAAUUCGCCUAUAAACAUGGUUCAUUAUUGACGAUUUUCUAACUCUUAACGUUUUGUACCCAAAACAUUGGUUAUGUGUAUUUAUACGGUUUGAAUAAUAAUGUAUUGAAAUGAUUGAUUAACCUUUUGACAGCUUGACUUUGUAGCAAUUGCUGCGCCCCUAACUACUCACUUGACACAAAUCCACAAAUAAUAUAAAUAUAGAGAACUUUUGUUAUAUAUUCUGUCUCCAUUCUGUUACUGCGUUAAUGUAGUACGCCAUGAGAUAAAUGGGAAAAACAAUAUAUAAAUUUAGAAAGGAUUGCUAAGGAAAUAAACAUAUUUUUUUAUUCAAAUCUGACUGGGGCAGUUAAAAGGUUAAAAAAUCAUGCUUAGAGCAUUCAACACAGGAGGCAUUUUAUAAGCUUUCUCUGUCUCAUCACUCAUAGAAUAAUCAAACUGCUAAUCAGAUAUCAUAAUUACAUUUUAGUUUUCAUAAGUGUUAAUUUAAAUUAGUGUAGAUACAUCACAAAUCCUCCCUAAACGAUAGACAGUUUCAUUUUGUGUCUAUCGUAUCCAGUGUUGAACGUUUUAAGAGAAUUAUUAAGAAAUGACCAAUACAAUGUUUUAUAGUGAAUGCUGACUGAAAAGUUUAUAGGCGCUUCAGUUAUAUUCCUGCGUCACUAAAUGACUAUAAAGCCCAUAUAACACGUAACUAGGUAGUCCAUUAGUUCCACUAAUUUGCUCCUGUUAAUUAAUAAGAAACAAUGUAAUACAAUAGGAAAGUUUACUUAAAACUCUGUGAAGGUAACGCCAUUUGGCUACAUAGUGAUUUAAAACAAAAACCAUAAUGGCGGGAAUUCUUUUUUUUAUUUCAUUUUUCCGCCCAUAAAUACAGAUUAAAGCGGCUUUGUUUAUGUUAUAACGUAAUGGCGUUUCUAUUUAAAUAAAUUGACAGUAAACUUCCCUUAUUCAAUAUUUGUUUUUUAAUGUACUGGACAUUCCGUUUCACGUUAUAUGGGCGAAGGCUCUGCGAUAAUGACUUGUUACCAUUUUAUCACAAAUUUCUUUAUUAUAUUUCUCUAUAUACGAACUGUAUGAUUUUAAUAUUUAAAAUAAAUCACAAUUUUGUUCAUGAUAUGUAGAAUGUAUUUUCUAUUUCAAUAAUUGUAUUUUGAUUAUUUUACUAGUGUUGUGAUCAUUAUACCAUUUUUAUAUAAAUGUGGUGGUAGAUACGUUUUCGUAAUCAAAACUUAUUCUUACACCUAUAGCUGUAUGGUAGUCGUACCUUUGCUUAUUACUAACAUCGUUUUACCGUUUGGAACUGCCGAAUUGUAUUUUAAAUAAUUAUAUCGUAAUUGUACGUGUGUAGAGCAAUAGAGUACAUUCCUUUAUAUUCGUAGCUUGUGCGAUGUUGUGCAAUGUAAUAGAUUUUUCAAUGUUUAAAAGUUUUGUCAUCGUUUAAUGGGUUUCGCAAAUGUAUUUGUUGCAAAUGGCUUAUUCCAAUAUAUUUCUGACAUCAAAAUUA